UCCAGCUUAACAUGUUGCCUGAACAAUGCUACGGACUACAUUUCAAGCUUUUUUACCCACAUAUCGGAUGCACAGAGGUUCACUGAAUUCAAAUGAACUAAGUGAGGGUAUAAAAACAAAACAGGGGGAUAAGGCAGACUACUCCACACCAGUUUCCAUGUGGCGAGAAGCAAUGAGAAGGAGACGCUAUUUGCUGGAUAGGACUGAGAAUACCAGGGGUAAACAGAAGUCUACAGACUGGCUCUACGAGUCAUACUACUGCAUGAGCCAGCAGCACCCUCUGAUAGUCUUUCUGCUUCUGAUUGUGAUGGGAGCCUGCCUUGCUCUGCUGACAGUAUUCUUUGCUUCUGGGCUGGAUAUUGAAGACCAUGUGGCAUUUGUAAUCACUGUCCCAACGGCUCUUGCAAUUUUCCUGACAAUCUUUGUUCUGGUCUGCAUUGAAUCAGUCUUCAAGAAGCUGUUGCGCAUUUUCUCUUUGGUAAUCUGGGCAUGUCUUGUUGCCAUGGGAUACCUUUUUAUGUUUUUUGGAGGUAUCAUCUGUCCUUGGGACCAGGUCUCCUUCUUCUUGUUUAUUAUAUUUGUGGUGUACACCAUGCUACCCUUCUCUAUGCGGGAUGCUGUAAUUGCCAGUGUGCUGACCUCCUCCUCCCACACCAUUGUACUAAGUAUCUGCCUGUCAACAACCUCUGUUCUGAUGGAACACUUGGUAUGGCAGAUUUUGGCCAAUAUCAUAAUCUUCAUCUGUGGGAACAUGGCCGGGGCCUAUCACAAGCAUUUAAUGGAGCUGGCUCUGAAACAGACUUACCAGGACACCUGCAACUGCAUCAAAUCUCCCAUCAAGCUGGAAUUUGAAAAACGUCAACAGGAACGUCUGUUACUAUCUUUGCUUCCUGCUCAUAUUGCCAGGGUAAUGAAGGCUGAAAUUAUACAGAGAUUAAAGGGACCGAAUUCUGGUCAGGUGGAAAACACAAACAACUUCCAUAAUUUGUAUGUUCAACGGCACACCAAUGUCAGUAUUCUAUAUGCUGAUAUUGUGGGAUUUACACGACUUGCCAGUGACUGCUCACCAGGGGAGCUAGUCCACAUGCUAAAUGAACUCUUUGGAAAGUUUGAUCAGAUUGCUAAGGAGAAUGAAUGUAUGAGAAUUAAAAUACUUGGAGACUGCUAUUACUGUGUUUCUGGCCUACCUGAAUCACUGCCAAACCAUGCUAAAAAUUGUGUGAAAAUGGGUCUGGACAUGUGUGAAGCCAUAAAGAAAGUGAGAGAUGCCACUGGAGUUGACAUAAAUAUGCGGGUCGGAGUGCAUUCUGGGAAUGUUCUGUGUGGUGUGAUUGGGCUCCAGAAGUGGCAGUAUGAUGUAUGGUCACAUGAUGUGACACUGGCCAAUCAUAUGGAGGCUGGUGGAGUUCCUGGACGGGUUCACAUAACCUCAGUUACACUAGAGCAUUUAAAUGGAGCCUACAAAGUUGAGGAUGGAGAUGGCCAAAAUAGAGAUCCUUAUCUAAAGGAACAUGGUGUUAUCACUUAUCUUGUCAUCAACCCAAAAGGGGAGAGGCGGAGCCCUCAGCACCACUUCAGGCCAAGACACACACUGGAUGGGGCCAAGAUGAGAGCCUCUGUGCGAAUGACCAGGUACCUGGAGUCCUGGGGGGCAGCUAAGCCCUUUGCUCAUUUGCACCACCGGGACAGCAUGACUACUGAAAACGGCAAGAUCAACACAACAGAUGUACCGAUGGGACAAUAUCAUUUUCAGAGGCGCUCUGAAAGGACAAAAUCACAGAAAAAGCGGUUUGAGGAAGAGCUGAAUGAGAGAAUGAUUCGAACAUUUGAUGGAAUAAACUCACAAAAACAGUGGCUUAAGUCUGAAGAUAUUCAAAGAAUAUCAUUGUUCUUUCAUAAUAAAACACUAGAGAAGGAGUACAGAGCAACUACUUUGCCAGCUUUCAAGUAUUAUGUCACCUGUGCUUGUGUCAUAUUUUUCUGCAUCUUCGUUGUACAGAUUCUAGUCUUGCCAAAAACGCAAGUACUGGGAAUUUCUUUUGGAGUAGUUUUCCUUUUACUGUCCUUGAUCCUGCUAAUCUGUUUUGCUGGCCAUGUAUUGCAAUGCAGCAAAACAGACUCUACGUCUUGGCUUUGGAUUCUAAGAUCGUCUGGAAUCAUUGCCAACAAACCCUGGCCACGGAUCACUCUAACUAUGACAACAACUGCCUUAAUAUUAAUAAUGGCUGUAUUCAAUAUGUUCUUCUUAGAGGACAAUGUUUCAACUUCAGUUCCCAUGUUUAACACCUCAAAUGAAACUUUGUAUUACUCCAAUGGCCAAGCACUGCGAGUCAUAGAGAAGAACAACUUCUAUCUUCCAUAUUUCAUAUACAGCUGUAUUCUUGGUCUGAUAUCCUGUUCGGUGUUCCUGAGAAUAAACUAUGAGCUGAAGAUGAUAAUCAUGCUGGCAGCGGUGGUUGGCUACAAUGUCAUCAUCCUUCAAACUCAUGCUUCUGUGUUAGACGAAUAUAGCAAGUUCCUGUAUAAAACGGAGAUUUUGGAAAGGCCUGGUGUUCUUAAAGACCUAAAGACAAUGGGGUCCGUCUCUCUUUUUAUCUUCUUCAUUACACUCCUUGUGUUGGCUAGGCAGAAUGAAUAUUACUGUAGGUUAGACUUCCUCUGGAAGAACAAAUUCAAAAAGGAAUGUGAGGAGAUCGAGACCAUGGAGAACCUGAACCGGGUGCUUCUGGAAAAUGUCCUCCCCGCCCAUGUCGCUGAGCAUUUCUUGGCUCGCAACUGGAAAAACGAGGACUUAUAUCAUCAGUCCUAUGACUUAGUCUGCGUCAUGUUUGCCUCAAUCCCGGACUUUAAAGAAUUCUAUACGGAAUCUGAUGUCAAUAAAGAAGGACUGGAGUGCCUGAGACUACUUAAUGAGAUUAUUGCAGAUUUUGAUGAGUUGCUAUCUAAGCCGAAGUUCAGUGGAGUGGAAAAAAUCAAGACGAUAGGCAGUACCUAUAUGGCAGCAACAGGACUGAAUGCAACUCCAGGACAAGAAUACACACAGGAACACGACAGGCAGUAUAUGCAUAUCGGUACAGUGGUGGAGUUUGCCUUUGCACUGGUGGGAAAGCUUGACGUAAUUAAUAGACAUUCCUUCAAUGAUUUCAAGCUCAGAGUAGGGAUAAAUCACGGGCCUGUGAUUGCUGGAGUGAUUGGUGCUCAGAAGCCACAGUAUGAUAUAUGGGGGAACACAGUGAAUGUGGCCAGCAGAAUGGAAAGCACUGGGGUGCUUGGAAAAAUACAGGUUACAGAAGAGACAAGCAAGAUCUUACAAACCCUAGGAUACAUGUGCACAUGCCGGGGAAUAAUCAACGUUAAGGGAAAAGGGGAGCUAAAAACCUACUUUGUUCAUACAGAAAUGCCCAGAUCACUUUCACAAGGUAAUGUAAUGCCUUGAACAGUACAAUCUGACUGCAUAUCAGGCCAUCUGCUUGGCCCUGUCAGGGGCUGAUAACAUCAAAACCACAGUAUCUGUAUAUAGUUCAGUUUUGUCCUUAGAUGCACGAAUAUUGGAUGUAUUUACAAGUGGUUCUGUUUCUUUUUCACAAGCAGUGGUUACCCUGAGAGUACUCUGGAUUUGCAGAGAGUGUAAUUACACAAAGCCAGGAACAGUUUUGUAAAAAAUAAAAAAAAUAAAAAAUGUGUUUUAAUGUUU